UCAAAAAGUUCCUCAAGUACUCACUCUUACAGUGUCGAGGCUCUUUGAUCUGGUGUGCAGAGGUGUAUUGCUUCUUUUCUGGAAGGAAUAUGAAGAGUUUAUUCGACAGCUGCAAAAUGUUGGGAGUUGGCAUUUUGGUGAGUGCUUUACUGCUGAUGUCCGAGCCAGCUUUUGUAACUGCUGGGGGACCAUUCGCAGCUUUAACAUGGACAGAUUCACAUGCGACAUUCUACGGAGGAAAUGAUGGAUCUGGAACAAUGGGUGGAGCAUGUGGAUACGGGAACAUGUACUCAAGAGGCUAUGGAUUGAAGACAGCCGCUUUAAGUUCAACCCUUUUUAACAACGGCUUGAGCUGUGGAGCCUGCUUCGAGCUCAAGUGCAAAGUGGCAGAAUCGAGGUGGUGCUAUGCCAACGCUGGCUCCAUCACUGUCACUGCAACCAAUCUUUGUCCCGCAAACCCAGCGAGACCCACCAACAACGGAGGAUGGUGCAACCCGCCCAGGACACAUUUCGAUUUGGCUUACGCCAUGUUCAUUAUCAUGGCCAAACCAGUCGGCGGCAUCAUCCCCGUCCAAUACAGGAGGGUGUCCUGCGUGAAAACAGGAGGAGUGCGAUUCACAUUGAACGGGAACCCGUGGUUCAACCUCGUCUUGGUGUACAAUGUCGCGGGAGACGGAAACGUCGUGACCAUCAAGAUGAAGGGCUCGAAGUCCAACACGUGGUACCCAAUGAAGCACAACUGGGGACAGAAUUGGGAGCUGAAGCAGAAGCUGGCAGGUCAAGCCCUUUCAUUCCAAUUAACGACCGGAUACGGGAAGACCAUGACCUUCACGAACUGCGCCGCUGCCAAUUGGCAGUUCGGUCAGACGUACGAGGCCGACGGCAACUUCGGGGGGUUGUAGUUCCCUGACACGGCGGAUUUUGGGCGAGGCUGCAGGAUUCCGAGGGACCUCAGUCCAUGCAUGGAUGGUCGACGUCUCGACCACAAUGUGUAAGUUUAUGUAACAUAUGUCCCGACGGUGAAUGAACUCGACGGGAAUCAGCCGAGGUGUUUUUCCAAGAUGACGCCCGCUGACAAAAAGAUUUUUGUUGAAACCAAUUCAAGUGUUCGACAUCGAUGGUUGCGGUGAUGUGAGUCAGCCACCCAACAUCAUAACUCGACACGGAUCGAUCGAUCGGUCGGAAGGUCGGAAGCCACGGCUCCCCUCUCACGAUCGAUCUUCGUCGGCAGUGUCCUUAGAUUGUGCUCCCAGCUCAGAAGGUGAAGAGGUUCGAGCUACGACGCCACCCUCACCAUUGCAUUGUGCAAUACUACAACUCACGGAUUCAUCAAUCCACCAGAGGCGCAAAGGAAAGUCCUGUGGCUCGUCGGAGCCCGGAUUCAGGUACCACACGUCGCCUCAUAUACUACAGGCAGUAGAAUGUACUCAAUUAUACGGAGCAGACCUGGUUUCUGUAUAUACAUAUAAUAACCUGCAUUCAUACGGAAUGCACAGCUACGUAGGACUCCUGCGUGAGAUAACGUAGAGUAAGUAGCCGCAUUAAGUAGAAACAUAAACUCGAUCAGGAACAUGUAUCAGUGAUCGCUGCAUGUGCAUGCGA